AUGGCGGCAACCUGGCCGCAUGUGUGGACUGCCCUGGCAACCACAUCUCUGGUGUUGAUCGCCGGAGCAAAUUUGUGCUUUGAUAGGAGGAGGGAGAGGAUACUGGACAGGGCUGCGGCCAGAGAGAAUGCCGUGGGGGAGAGGGAGGAGAGGCAGAUGGCUGAGCUGGCUGAGCUGGAGAGUUUGGACCACAACAUGAUCACAAGCCACAAUGACGAAUUUUUCACGGACACGAUCAGAACCUCAUAUGAGAGAACGAAAGAGAUCAAUAAGAGAUUCCGCUCUGGAUGA